AUGACGCGCGGCCCCCAGCGGUCCCGGGUACGACGCGCGGCCCCCAGCCGGGUCCGGGUACGACGCGCGGCCCCCAGCGGUCCCGGGUACGACGCGCGGCCCCCAGCGGUCCCGGGCCGUCCGGGUUACGACGCGCCGCACCAGCGGUCCCGGGUACGACGCGCGGCCCCCAGCGGUCCCGGGUACGACACGCGGCCCCCAGCGGUCCCGGUACGACGCGCGGCCCCCAGCGGGUCCCGGGUACGACGCGCGGUCCCCCCUGGCGGUCCCGUGUACACGCGCGGCCCCCAGCGGUCCCGGGUACGACACGCGGCCCCCAGCCGUCCCGGGUACGACGCGCGGCCCCCAGCCGUCCCGGGUACGACGCGCGGCCCCCCGCGGUCCCGGGUACGACGCGCGGCCCCCAGCGGUCCCGGGUACGACGCGCGGCCCCCAGCGGUCCCGGGUACGACGCGCGGCCCCCAGCGGUCCCGGGUACGACGCGCGGCCCCCAGCGGUCCCGGGUACGACGCGCGGCCCCCCGCUGUGUCCGGGUACGACGCGCGGCCCCCGCGGUCCCGGGUACGACGCGCGGCCCCCAGCCGUCCCGGGUACGACGCGCGGCCCCCAGCCGUCCCGGGUACGACGCGCGGCCCCCCGCGGUCCCGGGUACGACGCGCGGCCCCCCGCGGUCCCGGGUACGACGCGCGGCCCCCAGCGGUCCCGGGUACGACGCGCGGCCCCCAGCCGUCCCGGGUACGACGCGCGGCCCCCCGCGGUCCCGGUACGACGCGCGGCCCCCCGCGGUCCCGGGUACGACGCGCGGCCCCCCGCGGUCCCGGGUACGACGCGCGGCCCCCCGCGGUCCCGGUACGACGCGCGGCCCCCAGCGGUCCCGUGUACGACGCCUCGGGCGCCCCAGCGGUCCCGGUAUGA